CAAAACUGUUUACAUGUUCAUUCAGCCGCUCUAAUGGAAAUUUCAGUCAUUUGACAACAACUUGGUCUAAAGCAAGGAGAGAGGAAACACGCCCUCGACUGUCAGAUAGACUGAACACGGGGCAGAUCGGAGAGAUCCUGGAGCACAUCACUGUGUCAGGGGGGCAAUUCGGGCAGGUACCGGGGAAGAUAAGGGCAGGCUGGACUGAUACCGGGGCAUAUACGGGCAGAUUGGACUGAUACCGGGGCAAAUAAGGGCAGAUUGGACUGAUACCGGGGCAUAUAUGGGAAGAUUGCACUGAUACCGGGGCAUAUAUGGGAAGAUUGCACUGAUACCGGGGCAUAAACGGGCACAUUGGACUGAUACCGGGGCAAAUAAGGGCAGAUUGGACUGAUACCAGUGCAGAUAAGGGCAGAUUGGACUGAUACCGGGACAGAUAAGGGCAGAUUGGACUGAUACCAGGACAGAUAAGGGCAGAUUGGACUAAUACCUGCAGGAACGUUGCGCUGCAGUUUGGACAGACAGACUCCGAGCCGAUCAGUGCGACAGAUUGGACUGAUAGCGGGUCGGUGUGUCGUGGUGCAGAUUGGCAUCGGAUGUGUCUGGAUGCUGUGAGACUGACUACUCCAAGGGUCUUAUUUCACAGUGAAUCAUGGGCGAUGUCUCUGCUACGUGUCCCGUCCCGGAAUCGGUGGUGGUGGUGGUGGACCCGGCAGCGGGGAGCGGGACUGAGAGAGACCGGGAGAUGAACAUCACCGACACCGUGGAGGGAGAAGGUUUAUUGGAGAGCAGCAUGCGUCUAAAGCCCCAUGAAGCUCAGAGUUAUAGGAAGAAGGCAUUAUGGGUAUCAUGGCUCUCUAUUGUUGUGACGCUCAUCCUGGCAGUGGCGGCCUUCACUGUAUCCUUCAUGCGACACAGUGCAUCAGCCUUUGGAUUUGCUUUUGAUGCCACAUUAGACGUGCUGUCAUCUGUCAUCGUGCUCUGGCGCUACAGCAACGCAGCUGCUGUGCAUUCAGCCCAUAGAGAGUACAUAGCCUGUGUGAUACUGGGGGUCAUUUUCAUCUUGUCCUCCAUGUGUAUCCUGGGCAAAGCCAUUCAUGAUCUGUCCACCAAGCUCCUGCCUGAAGUGGAUGAUUUCCUCUUCAGUGUAUCUAUUGUUAGUGGGGUACUGUGUGUCAUUCUGGCCAUUGCCAAAUUCAUGCUGGGGAGGGUGUUGACCAGCAGAGCUCUGAUCACUGACGGUUUUAACUCCUUGGUUGGAGGCAUCAUGGGCUUCUCCAUCCUAAUCAGUGCUGAAGUAUUUCGCCACGAGCCCAAUGUAUGGUUUCUGGAUGGCACCGCAGGGGUUCUGAUAGGCCUCAUCAUUCUAGCUUAUGGAAUAAAGUUGUUAAUUGACAUGGUACCACGCGUAAGACAAACCAGGAACUAUGAGCGCUUUGAGUGAGCGAGUUUGAGGAGAAAACAGCAUACUCACACCAUCACCACCAACAAAGAAACACACCUAUCCGCAAAUACUCCAGGCAAGAAUACUGAUUGUGACACCAUUGGCAUCUUGGCAGAGGUUACAGGACUAAUUACCACCUCGUUAUCAUCACCAAUUUUCAAAUUCAGUCUUUCAGCACAACACACCUCAGAGAGAGGAGAAGCAAUGAUGCAGACACAGUAGGAGAUGGUUUAUGAGUUUGCUCCAGGUAAAUGAAGCAAGGAACUCAAAGCCAGCAAAUCCUGGUUGCUGGAACAUAGCCUUGGAAAUACAAACUCCUUGAUUUAUGAUGACCUCCACUGCCAGGUGUGGUGUGUAAUGAAGUACUUGAGAUUAUGAUGGGUUUUUCUCUGUCACCAUUCACCAAUUAUCCAUGAGCAUAGGUUGUUUGGACUGCUCCAGAUUAGGGAUGUGUUAAUACCAACAACAAAAAUAACCCAGUAUGUUGUUCUUGAUGGUCAGCCAUUAUUUGUCCUUGACAAUGAGCGAUUUCGACACAGUGAAGACAAUUAAAUGUACUUUAAUUUGCUGUAUGGAUACGAUAUUCCAAAGUGAAACAAAACCCAAAAUCCCCACACCAACUAAAAUAAACUCACUAACAUUAUAAAGAAUGAGCCUAGUAUCCUAAGAAAUUAAUAUGCAUGUCUGUACUUUUCAUACCUGCUAUUAAAAUGAGGGAAACAGAUCUAAAUAGAGCUUAAUAACAUGUCUUCAUACUCAGUCUGAAAAAUGGUAUCAAUGCAUCCCUAUCCUUAUAAUCCCUCCACACAAUUCCUAUGAGGUUGAUAGAGGUCAUUCCACUGAAGGUCAAAUGGGUGUCUAGCUGUAUUUAAUUUUUCCCACUAACAAAGCCAUGUUGUGUCAGAGAAAUUAACAUGUUAAAAAAAAUAAACAUUCAUCAAAUACUUUGAGAAUACAAACAUUAGAUAGCUUCCCAAAAUCCAUUCAGGGUCCUUAUUCCCAAUAUGAGGAUGAAGGGACUAAUAUGUUCAUCAUGAAUACUGAGUUAUGGUUUCUGUCAUAUAAAAAGCCAUAACCCAAGGAAGUGUGAUUUGUAGCAAUGCUGGUAGUUCUAGCACAUAUUUUGUAUUGUCAAGUUGUCAGAUAUCGUGCAGUAUAACAACAGGGAGCCAAAGUUAACGAACAGUAUGACAUGAUAAGUGAAAUGAAAUGUAAGGGCAGCUCUCUUUGUUUGCUGAAUAUGAGUAUGUAUGUGUCAUUACACUAUAUUUACAGUACCAACUAUUUCACUACCAACAAUACAUAUAUAAUACAAUAUAUAAAUUCAAUCUUUAGGUUAUAGUCUUAUUUGCACAGUAGGUAUUGUUGUACCUGUUUUCCAGUUUCCUUUGGAGUCCCAGAACCCAGAUACAAAGAGCAUAAAGAAUCCACUGGUGCUGAAGUGACCAUUUUUUUUUUGUAAUAUAAUACUAACAAGACUAAAAUUAAAAGCCAGAAAUAAUCAUCCUAGAGCUUGAAAGGAUGUUCAUUCAUAUGUACGUAGAUACAGUGAGGGAAAAAAGUAUUUGAUCCCCUGCUGAUUUUGUAUGUUUGCCCACUGACAAAGAAAUGAUCAUUCUAUAAUUUUAAUGGUAGAUUUAUUUGAACAGUUAGAGACAGAAUAACAACAAAAAAGAUCCAGAAAAACGCAUGUCAAAAAUGUUAUAAAUUGAUUUGCAUUUUAAUGAGGGAAAUAUGUAUUUGACCCCUCUGCAAAACAUGACUUAGUACUUGGUGGCAAAACCCUUGUUGGUAAUCACAGAGGUCAGACGUUUCUUGUAGUUGGCCACCAGGUUUGCACACAUCUCAGGAGGGAUUUUGUCCCACUCCUCUUUGCAGAUCUUCUCCAAGUCAUUAAGGUUUUGAGGCUGAUGUUUGGCAACUCGAACCUUCAGCUCCCUCCACAGAUUUUCUAUGGGAUUAAGGUCUGGAGACUGGCUAGGCCACUCCAGGACCUUAAUGUGCUUCUUCUUGAGCCACUCCUUUGUUGCCUUGGCCGUGUGUUUUGGGUCACUGUCAUGCUGGAAUACCCAUCCACGACCCAUUUUCAAUGCCCUGGCUGAGGGAAAGAGGUUCUCACCCAAGAUUUGACGGUACAUGGCCCCGUCCAUCGUCCCUUUGAUGCGGUGAAGUUGUCCUGUCCCCUUAGCAGAAAAACACCCCCAAAGCAUAAUGUUUCCACCUCCAUGUUUGACGGUGGGGAUGGUGUUCUUGGGGUCAUAGGCAGCAUUCCUCCUCCUCCAAACACGGCGAGUUGAGUUGAUGCCAAAGAGCUCCAUUUUGGUCUCAUCUGACCACAACACUUUCACCCAGUUGUCCUCUGAAUCAUUCAGAUGUUCAUUGGCAAACUUCAGACGGGCAUGUAUAUGUGCUUACUUGAGCAGGGGAACCUUGCAGGAUUUCAGUCCUUCACGGCGUAGUGUGUUACCAAUUGUUUUCUUGGUGACUAUGGUCCCAGCUGCCUUGAGAUCAUUGACAAGAUCCUUCCGUGUAGUUCUGGGCUGAUUCCUCACUGUUCUCAUGAUCAUUGCAACUCCACGAGGUGAGAUCUUGCAUGGAGCCCCAGG